ACAAACACUACUGAAAUGUCUUCUUUAAAGCCGUUUAUGGCUCCAUUGUUCUCUUUAUUCUUGCUAUCCUCUUUUUCCAUAUCUCAAGCUUCUGUUCCUGCCUCCAACCAGUUCAAGUUUGUCAAUGAUGGCGAAUUCGGUCCUUACAUAAUAGAGUAUGAUGGAAAUUAUCGUACCCUUAGUGUUUUCAACUCCCCAUUCCAACUUUGCUUCUAUAACACCACUCCUAAUGCCUUCACCCUAGCUCUACGCAUGGGCUUGACAAGGUCCGAGUCGCUGUUCCGAUGGGUAUGGGAGGCUAACAGGGGAAACCCUGUUCGCGAAAAUGCCACGCUGACGUUUGGGAGCGACGGAAACUUAGUCUUGGCCGAUGCCGAUGGCCGGAUUGCAUGGCACACCGGCACCGCCAACAAAGGUGUCGUUGGGUUCAAGUUACUCUCUAAUGGUAACAUUGUCCUUUAUGACUCCAAUAAUAAGUUCAUAUGGCAUAGCUUUGACCACCCAACGGACACUCUCUUGGUGGGCCAGUCUCUUAAGGCCAAGGGGCCCACUAAACUUGUCAGCCGGGCUUCAGCUAGUAACAAUGUUAAUGGGGCUUACAGCUUGGUACUUGAGCCCAAAUGGUUGGCAUUGAAUUAUAAAAGCAUGAAUUCCCCAAAGCCAAUGCUUUAUUUUACAUCUUCUGGAUUGUUUACUGUUAGUCAAGGCAGUUUAGAGUAUGUGACAUUUAAUAGUGAACCAGAUAGUGGUAAUGCCUAUUACCUUCUAUUUGAUUACAAAGUGAGCGGUUCUUCAAGCACUGGGAACCGAUAUUUGGCUAGGCCCAAAUACAAUGCCACGUUAUCUUUUCUCCGGUUGGGGAUUGACGGGAACAUCAAGUUUUACACUUACAACGACAAGGUGGACAUUGGUGCAUGGGAGGUGACAUACACCCUAUUUGACAGAGAGUCCAACCAUGAAAGUGAGUGCCAGUUGCCGGAGCGGUGUGGGAAAUUUGGGCUUUGUGAAGACAACCAGUGUGUUGGAUGCCCCAAGCCCAAUGGGUUGGUGGGUUGGAGCAAGGACUGUGAGGCCGUGAAGGUCACCUCUUGUGGGGUGAAUGAUUUUUACUACUACAAAAUAGUAGGGGUGGAGCAUUUCAUGAGUAAGUACACAAAGGGAGAUGGGCCUAUGAAGGAGAAUGGUUGCUCGAAUAAAUGCACAAAGGAUUGCAAGUGCUUGGGCUAUUUCUAUCAUCAAGACACUUCGUUGUGUUGGAUUGCUUAUGACUUGAAGACCCUUACAAAAGUCGCAAAUUCGACACAUUUGGGCUACAUAAAGGCUCCAAAACACUAAUCAGGCCCAGUGUGCCUCGUUUCGUAAAGUCUAGUUUUCGGAAGUGAAUAAAAGGAAAUAAUUUCCUUUUCGUGAGAAAGUUUGUUUCUACUUUUAAUAAUUUCCUUUUGGGAUUCUAUUUUUGUGUGGAACGGCAUUUUUUUUGGUUUA